GAGGCCUGUAAACGCAGGGGACCCAUGACAGACUCUGGGACCUGGCAGCCAUGCAUGAGAGGCGGUAUAUAGGGGCCCAUGGCAGAUUUAGGGCUGGCAGCAGCUAUGGGAAGGCCCCGUAAUCUGCCAGCACCCUAUGUCAAAAAAAAUUCAAACACAACACACCAGUGUGUGAGGAGACCUGAAAGUGGCACAUGGCAGAGUGUGGCGAUGGAGACACAGCAGCAAUGGGAGGCCGUACAGGGACCCAUGAUUGAGACUCUCGGACCUGGCAGCAGCAUGAGGAGGCGGUACAGGGACCCAUGAGAGACUCUGGACCUGGCAGCAGCAUGA